GAAUUGCAACAUCAACUCAGUCCGUUCGACUGUCAUCGGAGAUCACUGGCUGAAGAGAUUCAUCAGACAGAUCUUUGUCCAACGUUUUUUGGGCGUGAAGUCACUUAUUUCACAUCAACAAGGAAAAUCAGACAGUGCAACGAGUCCAAACUGUUAAAGUAGCCUACAUUAAGUUGUAAAGUUUUUUGGGGAAAUAUAUACCACAUUUUUUACCGAGACACCAUGUCGGAUUCGUACCGGAGGAGGACUCCUGCGCUAGGUUUUACGGCUGUGCUGCUGUGUUUUCAACUUAUUGUCAUAAUUGAAGUGUGUGCGGAGGUGCACUACCACGCCACCAUGGAAGUCACAGUGCCCCACCUGGCCUACACCUGCCCGGCGGGGGCCAACAUCACCAUGCUGUGCCACGUGGGGGGCGUGCCGGCGUUCGCGGGGGACCAGGUCCGGGUCGGCUGGCUCUUCACCCCGCACCAGAACAAGCACUGCCACAACGACAGGCCCCGCGUCCCGCCGUCCAGCAACCACUCGCACGCCCACGGCGAGGGCGUGCGCGUCCACGGGAGCAACGGCUCCGUCUGGAUCACCCUGCUCAACCUGACGCCCGCCGACCAGGGCCGCUACUGCUGCAUCGCCCUGGACGUCCACAAGGAGGGACACCGCAGCGUGGUGGAGCAGAGGCCCCACAACCACGUCCUGCUCACCGUCACUCCCCAUCAGCCAGGGAAUACCAGCUGCACUGUGAUUGACCACAAGCCUCCUGAAGGCUCUGUGGCAGCAGGACUAGCGACAGCAGGGUGCAUCAUGGGUAUUCUGUCCCUGCCGCUCAUCUUGCUGCUGGUGUACAAGCAGAGGCAGUCAGCCCAGUCCAACAGGCGUGCACACGAGCUGGUGAGAAUGGACAGCGAGGCACAUGGUCACGAGAACCCUGUGUUUUUAGGGGGGUCUCCCCAGAACAAGACGCGGACUGUGUCUCAGAUCAUGACCAGGCAGUCGUCAGAGACGGGGCGACACCUGCUGUCUGAGCCUGGAACCCCCCUCUCUCCCGCUGGCCACGGAGAUGUCUUCUUCCCAUCACAAGAACCAAUCCCAGAGUCCCCAGAUUUCAUGCAGGUAUAAUCAGGACAGGAGCUGUCUCUGCCCUUCUGCCUGAUCACAACAACGCCACAUCUCGUCUCCUGCCUGCCCCGGUUUGCUAUGGGGGACUUCUCUGCACACGUGGAAAUGAAAACAAAAAAACGAUAUAUACAACAAAAAAAAAGUUUUCCACUCCAGACCAAAGGGACCGUAUCUCCUUCACACUCUCGUUGCAGUGGGGACUGUAAUACUGGAGAUGCCGUCCACAAUAUCAACACCCAGGAGCCUGAUCUCCAGGUGCCCAGUCUGUGCUCUGGCCAGGAGGCUAAACCACAGAGCAGACCGGGGACGCAGAGACAGCCUCUGGGGCAGAGUCCUAUUUCACAGGAAGAGUGCAGCUGGCAUUCCUGCUCUCUGAUCUCAGCCUCCUGCCUGUGAGAAGUGUGUUCAGACCCCACCGUGUGUGUGUGUGUGUGUGUGUGUGUGUGAGAGCUCUGCUCUCAGGUAUGAGUGAGAACUCCGACCCCACCGUGUGUGUGUGUGUGUGUGUGUGUGUGUGUGUGAGAGCUCUGCUCUCAGGUAUGAGUGAGAUGGAUGUGGAUGGGUAUGGAGGUUACUCUUAGCUUAAGACUGCCGUUCAACUUCAGUGUUCUCUUUACUGUGCCUGCUAAGCCACACAGCAACCCUGUUCUCACAUGCACGCGCAUUCACACACACACACACUCACACACACAUUCACACACUCAGCCUCUCAAUGACCUCUUAUUUUGUGCACACAUCCAACAAACAGUCUUUUCCCUCUCUCCCCUCCUGUGUCUUCACCGAUAUAGAUUUCUCUGUGCUGCCUGUUUCUCUCUCUUCUCAUCCCCCUCUCCCUGGCCCACUGGCUCCUCAGAGUCUGGUGUGUUUAACAGGUUCAGCAGCGCGCUCUACCUCACCUCAGCCUGGUGCCAGCCUCACUGUUCACUCAGUGCCACAGCCUGCAGACCGCGUGCGUCUCACACAGGCCAUUACAUAUCGCAUUGUACUCAUUUUUUAAUCUUAAAACGAAAAAAAAAAGCAAUACUCUUUUUAUAUGUUGACGUUUUUUUUUAUACUGUAUUACUUUUUAAGAUUUGUAAAAUGUAGAUGUCUAUCCCUUAUGACAAAGUAAUAUAUAUGUAAAAUGUAGAAAUAUACGGCAUAAACAAAAUAGCAUGUAGCAUUCAAAUAUGUCUCCUAUGUCCCUAUAAAUCACAGUUUGAAUUUUGUUAUUUGCUUCGUAAGGGCUUUUUAUAAUAGCGUAUAUUUGUGCUUGUUAAUGGAGCAUAUUCGUCGGUAUAACUCCCUCUACUGGCAGGAUGAUGUAACUACACCUUCCUGGUCUGUUGCGUAAGGGGAAAGGAAUUAUCUGCGUCCCGUGAAGCCUUUGGUUUCGGUUUUUCAGGGCUUAUCCAGACCUUCAGCGACCCGAUCGAUUUCAAUAAGCACCUUCAUUCAGUGGGUUGUGUUAUUCAUUGACAAUCAGGAGGGAUGUAAUGCAGGAGUCUCUCCAUAAACAAUGAAGAGAGUGCUUUUGAUAGGUUGUCCAGAAACUGGGCAGCACAAUGCAGUGGCUUCCCAUAGUGCAAUACAAGCCUGAACGUUCAUAAUAAUAUGUGCUGUGAAGGCGACUUUCUCUGGGACUAACACAAAGGCUGGGUUCAAUGAACUUUGAUUACAAGUGAUUAGGAGGAACAAUGUUUCUCUUGAUUCUUUACAGAUUCUUUGCAAUCAUUACAUUUCCCAGACUGAAGCUGAAAUGUGUGAUGCUUGCGUUUGCUUGGAAAUCAAAGUUAAAGACAGAUGGUGAUUGAUUAACGGCCAAAAUCUGUAAAUUUAGACUUCAUUAUAAACUGUAUGUGUGUGUGUGUGUGAGAGAGAGAGUGUGUGUGUAUGGGUGUGUGUGAGCGUGAAAGAGAGAGAGAGAGAGAGAGAGAGAGAGAGAGAGUGAGUGUGUGUAUGUUUCUGUGUGUGUGUGUGCUGUAGGCAAUUGUAGAGGUCCAGUUCUGAUGCCAUUAAAAAAUAAACUGCCAUUAUGUCUGUAAAAAGUUACGUUUGUAAAAAAAAAAAAAAAGAAAAAUGUUAAAAACUGUAUUUCCUGGUUUAUAUUUUCUACAAUAAAAUUUCAGCUCUCA